AAAUACAUGAGGGAAUGAAUGGGAUUCUGUCUGGAACUAAGAAAAACCGAUAAGACAAGUAGUGAUGAAUCGUCUAGUCAGCUUCGCCCUCUUCUUGGUUCUUCUUAACACGGUACAAGGGGAGAUGUGCCAGUGUGCGGGGUAUUUCAUAGAAGACGACAAGAAAACUCCAAUGGAUUUCAUCGCUGCUAUGGACUUCGACCUCAAAAACAUAAAAUGUGAGGCGGGCGGCGAACCUAUGUGUCAAAGUUUCUGCUAUGAAUUCAUGUCUCAAAUUACAAAUGGAGGAGACUUGUUUCACAUUAGGCCCGGAGCUGAAAAGUGUUAUGGAGAUCAGAUUUGCGAGCUCAUCGACCGUGAUCUACUUAAGGGAUUAUGGGUAGGAGCGUUCUCAAGAGCUUGCGGAGGAGAAUACAUAUUUACUGGACUUGUGAGUGACGACACGUUGUGUUGUAAGAACAGAAAGCAUGUCCACUGUCCAUAGUUGCGAUAUUAAAAAAACGUUUGUUCGAAAACAG